CGCUGUAGAUAAACACACGAAUCGACAUCGAAGGUAUUGGAGCUGGCCACAUAACGUCUCCGUGAGAAUAAGCAUAAGCUUGGAGCGAAAUUCGGAUUGAUUCACGACUGAUUUCACGUUUUGUACGAAGAUGUCAUAUGCGGAUGUCAAGGUUCCGAAGAUUGAGGCUCUUUUCGAGAGGGAUGGAUACCUCAGGAGCUACGAAAAUGAAAUAAAGAGAAGAUAUAAAUGCUUCUCCGAAAAGCGGACCCAAAUCGAGAAAGCGGGCGGUUUACGAAGAUUCUGCGAAUCCUAUAAGGAAUAUGGUCUACAUGUGCGAAAGGAUGGCACCUUGGUCGGAGCUGAAUGGGCUCCGGGCGCAAAGGGGCUAUACCUCCGAGGAGAAUUCAACGAUUGGAACAACACGUCUCAUCCCUACAAAAAUGUCGGAUUCGGCAAAUGGGAGCUCCGAGUGCCACCGAAGGCGGACGGUAGUCCGGUCGUCAAGCAUCUUGACAAAGUCAAAGUCGUGGUCCAAACGCAAGACAAUAAUUUCGUGGACCGAAAUUCCCCGUGGGCGCAAUAUGUCCUGGAGGAUUCCUCGAGUCCAGUGUACAAUCAUCAUAUCUACAUUCCAGAAAAAAAAUAUCAGUUCAAGCAUUCGAAGCCGAGGAAAUCAACCGGUCUCCGGAUCUACGAGGCCCAUGUGGGAAUCGCUUCGCCCGAAUACAAGGUUGCAACAUACGAGAACUUCCGCAUCAACGUCCUGCCGCACAUAAAAAAACAGGGCUACAACGCCAUCCAACUCAUGGCCAUCAUGGAGCACGCCUACUACGCUUGCUUCGGCUACCAGGUGACUUCAUUCUUUGCGGCGUCUUCGCGAUACGGAACACCAUGCGAACUCAAAGAGCUUAUCGACACUGCCCAUGAAUUGGGCAUCGUGGUGUUGUUGGACGUCGUGCAUUCCCAUGCUUGCAAGAACGUAUUGGAUGGCUUGAAUCAAUUUGACGGAACCAACAGCGGUUUCUUCCAUGACGGAGGUCGCGGAGAGCAUUCGCUUUGGGACAGCCGUCUCUUUGACUACAACCAGAUCGAGGUGUUGAGAUUCCUGAUGUCGAAUCUCUACUAUUAUCUGGAUGAGUUCCAAUUCGACGGUUUCCGUUUUGACGGAGUUACGUCAAUGUUCUAUCACACCCACGGCAUAGGCCACGGUUUCUCGGGUGACUACAACGAAUACUUCGGAAUGAAUGUGGACACGGAGUCUCUGAUUUACCUCAUGCUCGCGAACGCCAUGACCCACGAAUUAUUCCCGGGGUCGGUGACCAUCGCCGAAGACGUUUCGGGAAUGCCAGCUCUAUGCCGCCCAGUUGAUGAGGGGGGCACCGGUUUCGACUAUAGGUUGGCGAUGGCGAUUCCAGACAUGUGGAUCAAAAUCCUGAAAGAACAAAAAGACGAAGAUUGGAACAUAGGUAGCAUCGUCCACACGCUAUCGAACCGACGUUGGGGUGAAGGCACUAUAGCCUACGCCGAAUCUCAUGAUCAGGCGUUGGUGGGAGAUAAGACGUUGGCGUUCUGGCUUAUGGAUGCCGAAAUGUAUACAAACAUGAGCAUUCUUUCUCCACUCACACCCAUCAUCGACAGAGGCAUCGCCCUACACAAACUCAUUCGGCUGAUUACACAUUCUAUGGCUGGAGAGGGCUGGUUGAAUUUCAUCGGCAACGAGUUUGGGCACCCGGAAUGGCUGGACUUUCCGCGAGCGGGUAACAACAACUCAUUCCACCACGCUCGGAGGCAAUUCAACUUGAUUGAUGAUAACUUACUCAGAUAUCAAUUCUUGAACAACUGGGACCGAGCUCUUAAUGAACUCGAUGAGAAGUACAAAUAUCUGGAGGCAAAUCCCGCCUACGUCAGCUGGAAGCAUGAGGAAGACAAGGUCGUCGCGUAUGAACGGGCAGGACUGCUCUUCGUGAUCAACUUCCAUGGACAGAAAUCCUUCCCAGAUUAUCGCGUCGGAGUAGAUGUCGCUGGAAAGUACAAAAUCGUGCUGAACAGUGAUGAAGCGAAGUUCCAAGGCCACUGUCGUGUCGACCCGAAUGUGAGCCUCAGCCCGGAUAUUAUCCAUUCGAGAGAAAGUCUGGGCAACGAGGGCCGUUCUCUCAGAUUUCGCUCAAGUUUUCCCACGAAAACUCCAUUCGCUAAUUUUGUUUGUAUCGAAUUGCAGGUGGAAGCUUUCACUGAGCCUCACGGUUAUGCCAAUCGGAGAAACAGCUUAUUGGUCUAUGUGCCAUCUCGAACCGCUCUGGUUUUCGCGAAAAUCGACUGAAGAGUAGGCUACGUCGUUCUGCGAGCAAUUCACUCAUCGAUUGAUCGACUCCUUAUAGUUUCAUUGAUUUCAUUUUCGAUUCCAAUCAAUGGGACGUUGAACGACGGGCUGAAAACAGGGCAGAGGGAGCGAACCGGGGACCUGUAAUGAUUCCAGAGGAGAGACGAGCCAAAUAUAUCAACGAGUUUUAAAGUUUCAUGCUACACAAAGAAGAACAUGCCAGCGAUACCGUGAUUGCUCUGGUUCGGUGCGCAAGUUCUGUUAUCUCGCAAUAACAUGCUGAGAACUCCAAAGUUUAGAAUAUACCCCCCAAGUGACAGAAUGCUGUUAUCAUUCUAUUUAUUACUACCAUUAAAUAAAAAAUAAAGAAGAGUGAACUUU